AUACAAAGAGUUAUAAAACGGUGUUUUGAUUGAUUAAAAAUAUGUUUAUCAACUGUAUCAGGUGUUAUUAAAGGAAAAUAUUUCCUUAGACAUAGGAGAUUAUAGAAAAUGCAAGGUUCAGUGAUAUUGCUAUUGGUUUUUGUUGUGGUGGAAGCCCACUAUUAUGAUAGAGAUAAAACACCUAGUUGUAAGUUUCCAUGUCCAUGGAGAGGGAAAACCUUCGAUUUAUGGAAAAUGGGGACAUCAAAAUCAGAUCUCUAUGCAAAGUUUUCAAAGGAUGGAAGGACAGUCAAGUGGUCUUUUGGUCGAACAGAUGAAUGUUAUCAGAUAUUAGACGGGUUUAUUGUUUUCAGAAUUAAAGGCGAAGACAACUGGUCUUGUUUCAAGAUACAGUAUGACAGAACCAAAAGACCGACAACUUUUAGACUUCACAACGGAUUGUUAGGAGAUUUUGUAGGAAAAAAAGACGCAUUUAAAAUUUGCGAGGUCUGCGCAUAUCCAGCCAAGGACUUUUUCACAGCUGUAGCACGUGGAUCCCAUUCGUACAGAUAUGCUUACCGACGUCCACCCAAGCAAUCACGCAAGUUUGGAUGUAACACACCGAAAGGCUGCGAAUGUUGCAAACAAACACAGUGUGGACGUUGUCGUAAAUGUAGAGACAAUGGAAGCAUACCAAAUGCGUGUUCCUAAUCUUGAAGCUUCUACGAGGUUGAAAACAAAGAUUUUACACGUAUACGAAUAUAAUAGAAAAUAAUAAUAAAGUUUACGUGUC